UCAGAGGAGGAAUCUUUCUUUAUCUGCCAUGGUUGGUUAAAACAAACAGUAGGAAAAAAAUGGAAGCUGGUCAAAAUGAAAAAGAGCUUAUAAUAUUAAUGUCAUCCAACAAGUACUAAAUCUCUUCUAAACUUGCAGGAUUGGCUCUUAUCUGAUGCCACCAUUCUCAUCAUGAAACUCCUGGGAUCUCCUGUGCCCCUGUUUUUAGAUUUAAGGAGACUGAGGAAUGGCUUGGGAUAGGCUAAUUAUACAGCCACCCACACACUGCGGAUCUGUGUGUUCCUGCAUGUCCAGCUUUGUGAAAGUCUAUUUCAGCUUUAAAACUGAAAAUUGAGGUCAUCCUGACCAGCCUGUACUACUUUACAGGGCAAUUAUGGUUCAGGGUUAACAUUAGAUUUAGUCUUAGGCGAUGGGAAGAUAUGGCUGAGGUUAGAAAUGAAGUGCAGAUGGUUAAAUUAAAAAACGAUGGGAAAGAGUCAUCUGUCAUGAUCCUAGCAAAUACAAAAAUGUUGUUUUGUGGUUGUGUGUAUGUGGUCUGUCAAAGAUUACACAUUCAAAUCAGUGACUAGAGAUCAUUCCAUAUAAUUACACAUUUAAAAAUACUUACAGCAGAGUGAGCAUUUGUACAGGGUUUCAUUUCUUAAUCCACAGUACCAGUUAAAUAUUAAAAAUAUUACUUUCUCUCUAUACUCAUACACAGUCUAAAUAGGCUUUAUAAAAUCCAGACAAAGCAUGCAGAUUGAAAUGUGACUUAAUACGAGUAACAACCGUGGUGCCACAGAAGCUACAUUUAAAAAAGGUACUAUUCAGGCUGUUAUUAAAUUCCCACCCACUCACACUUGUGUCACACCUGGUAUGUGUGUGUGAGAGUUACACCUUUUUGUAGCGAACACAAAGGGUUACAGAUGAGACUAUUAAUGAGCUAGCAGCUCUUUACCUGCUUUGACUGCAUAGAAAGUUGGUGCAGCAGUUUUCCAAAGUCUAGUCAGUGAUCGUCUUAUAGUACUAAGUCCAACAAGGCAAGCAGCUGUCAACUCUGAAAGUUAUUUCAUCAUCCCAUCCAACACACAUGCAGUAGAGACGCACAUCAGAAGAAAGGUCACACUCUUGGUUUCACUCGCCAAUACUGCUGCUGAUUUUUUUGUUGGCUCUGUCGCUUGGCUUUCAGCAUCCUGAGUGAACAAAAAAAAAGGGCAAAUGGCUUAAAAAAACAAUAGAGGCUGUAUUACACAAAAAUGACCAUAUCCUCGUGUUAUUUUUAAACACUUUGACAAUGCUGAUAAUCCCGAAGCCAUGAAGUACUCACUUGCGUACGUAGUAGAUAACAAACACCAGCACCACUAAAAUGAGGAGGGCAACAAUGAUCACAGCUGCAAUUAACCCGGCCUCCCCUGCUUUGGAAGAGCUGCUGAAGAGCUGGAACUGCUCACAUCUACUGCCUUUGUAAUUGUCAUUGCACCUGGAUAAGACAGCAAAUCCAAAAAAAGUACUUGGUCAUGAAACUUGACAUGUGGCACCAAAAAGUUCUAACAUAGAUGGAGAAAUAAGAGAUUCCCAAGGGGUUACUUUUCCAAAAAAAGUGUUUUAUUUAACUUACACACAGGAGAGAGUAUUCAUUGAAUGUAUUUUAUAGCAUGUCCCUCCGUUCAUGCAGUAAGUGGCUUCCUGUGCAUCACAAGGGGAUCCGUGUUCUACAAAGACGCACAAAAUCUCAGGAAAGAAAUCUCUCAAAACUGAAUAUACUACUUUGAUCAAUUAUCCCAACAUUUUUAUAAUUACCUGCCAUCAUGUCACUUUUCUUUUGCCCGUCUCUGAGAAAACACACACAAAAAACAUUUUUGUCACACAGCCGCAAAGUAAUCUCUCACUUUCUUGGCGCUAAUGUCCUCACCAUGAAGUUUUAAAUGCCAAUAAUAAUAACAAACACAUUUUAAAAUCUGAAAAAGAGUCACAAACUGUCACAGAGUAGUAAUAGUAUACUAUCACUUUUAAUGAUUUAAAUAAGAAGUCUCUCCUUACCAGCUCUGGAAAUCCUAGCUUUCUGUCGUUAGUUCAGGUAAUGAGUCAUUGUGACGCCUCAAAGUUAGCUAGAUCUGCUUUUUGUUGGAUCUUUGCAGCCAUGUGGGCGUGUUCCUCCAAGAAAAAUGUUGAGAUUGCAGUUUGUCCACAUUGUAAAUGGCAAGCCAAACGUCAGGAUACAAGGUAAUUUUUAGUAUGUCAGAGUGUGAUUUGAUGACGUGAGCUACACAGGUGAGGCUGUCAAAGGUCGAAAGUGUCUUGAGGACAAUCUAACAAUGUGGGUGUCUGCGUCUUUGCCAAAAGAAGAUUUAGGCUACUUUUGUUUUUGUUGCAGCAGAUUUAGUUGUCUCCGACUGGGUGAGGAAGUCACCUGUUGUGCAUGUGAGCGCAGCGUGUUUGGGUUUGGUACGAAACUCUUGAAUGACUGGUAUGCAGAGAAGGCAUGAAUGGAAUCGUGGGAACCUUUUUGAACUCUGAAUGCUCAACACACCACUUCCUCUGGAGAGGUGAUUACGCCGGUAUGCUGAAAACCGUUAGCUGACUCAUCAAAGGGUUCCUAUUCAUAAAUUUAGUUUCUUUGACGUUGUGAUUUCACAAUCAGGGAUAGGUCAGUAUCAUUAAAGCAAUGUGGAAGAAAUCAGAAUUUGAGGGUUGUUUCUUUUCUUGCUUAAGGCUCUUGUGAGGAACUUUAGGUUUGUGUCAAUUUUGGUAUUGACUUUUGACCUAAAACCUCAUCCUGCUUAUAUUGGACAGUAAGAUAUAUCAUUUAUCAGGUGUAAAUUAGGUGUGAAUAUUAAGGUGUAAACUGUCGGACCAGGGCUGUUUCCUAUAGCUGCUUGACUGUCACCUACCCCCUUGUGUUGGCUUGGGGCAUUAAAUUUUACAAUAUAAAAAUCAUCCAUAUUUACCCUGAUGGUCAUGUUUGCUUUUGGAUAUCAUGAAAAAACAUCUGUUUGAAUUUCUUUGUAUUGUAUUAAAGGGAUAUUCUGGUGUAAAAUUAAGUUAGGGUCAAACACACUGUAACAUCAAGUUAGACACCCACUCGAGAGAUAAAUGUUGCAGACUGCUUGCUUCUCUAGUACUUUAGUAACAACCGCACGAUAGCAAUACACAACGGUCUGAGGAGCCAUAAACAAACCUCAACCAAAACGCCACUCUAUAGCCACAAAUAAUGCUCAGAACAGCACCUAACUUUAUCAACAGUACAUAUAGGGUCCUAGCCACAGCACUAGCCAUCAAACAUCUUUUUAAAUUUACCUAAUUUCUUGAACAAAGAGACCAAACACAACUCACCUACUCUCUUCCAGCAGCUGCUUGUUUGUAGCAAGACCUCAGGCCAGUCCAUUAUGGACUGCUGCGGGGUGACGCAGCUCAAGGAAGAACAUUUAUGAUCAUUACUUUAUCAUUUCCUUACAGUAAAAAUCACCAUAUUAAUAAUUUUGUACUGCAGACGUGGUAGUUCUUCUGCCUUAGCGUCUCAGUCUGAUUGCAUUUCCAUGAAGAAAUAAUUGUAAAUGUUCUUUCUUGAGCUGCAUUACCCCACUGUAGUCUGUAAUGGACUGGCCUGAGGUCUUACUACAAACAAGCGGCUGCUCGAAGAGAGUGGGUGAGUUGUGUUUAGUCUCUUUGCUAAAGAAACUAGGUAAAGUUAAAAAGAUGUUUGAUGGCUAGUGCUAUGGCUGGGACCCUAUAUGUACUGUGGAUAAAGUUAGGUGCUGUUCUGAGCAUUAUUUGUGGCUAUAGAGUGGUGUUUUGGGUGAGGUUUGUGUGUGGCUCCUCAGACCACUGUGUAUUGCUAUUGUGCGGUCGUUAGAGUAGCAAGCAGUCGGCAACAUUCAUCUCUCAAGGGGUCGUCUAACUCAGUGUUACGGUGUGUUUGAGCCUAAAUUAAUUUUAUGCUGGAAUAUCCCUUUAGUGUCAAAAAACUCCUCAUAGGACCUUUAAGUCCCUCACUCUUAAGGCCUCCUGUAGCCUACAGAGUGACUAAAAAUGACUUAAAAUGUGGUUUGCAGUUAUAACUGAGCACAUUACAAAAGUCACUCAUUAUUUGGAUGGGUAAUUUAGAAUUAAAUCUUUCACUCUCCUUGUUGGUGCUUCCGGGGCCUAAUUUUCCCGCGUCACAUUUGUAGGACACAUCUUUAAUAUCUCUCCGAGUCCAUCUGGGAAUACGAGAGUGACGGUGCAGACUGAUAAAUGGCACACAAAGAUAUUGAAUCCACGGCUGAGCUCUACAGAAACACUUGAGGUCACUGUUUGAGUGUGCUCUAUUAUUUUUCGCGCGGGUGGGUUGAUAUCGCGAGGAACUCUGACGCUCAAGAGGUGAAGGGAAGCGAGAGUGUUUUUCUACGUCGACGCUGUCAGGGUGGCACAGAAAGAGGGACGUAGGAUAAGAAGGUGUUAUCGUAGCCUAGUUAUGCUCUGUAUUUGAUGUAUUUUUGUCCCGGGGUUAAUUUUUUAUCCAUGAAGCACCGUGUACCCCUCGUUGACGACCGCCCGUCACACAUCUGACGCCGCUGGAUCCCAGUUUUCAGCACCUGGACAGCUCCUCUUCUUCUUCUUCUUCUUCUCCUCAUUAUUGGGCACAUGGAGUCCCUGGUGUGAUUGUGGGGGAAGCCCUGCGAGCACAUUAUGCCUCCCUCCGAAAUAGACGUGGUUUACUCCCCGGUUCAGUGACAGCCUCGUCGUCGUCGUCGUCUCUGCUGAAGGAUGCUGCUUUCAGUCCGGAGGUGGUGUUUUCUUCGUGCGCUGUCUUACGGGUGCUCGACCAACGCAAAUUUGGGGGGAAUCGCAGCCUACUCACAGCCAGAUCCGAGCCUCCCUCACACUGAUCAUUACCAUCAUCAUCAUUAUCAUCAUCAUCAUCAUCAUCGGCGAGGAGGGAGAUAUUACCAUCAUCUCUGCGAGGGCAAAGGAGUCACGACAACACUUUGCACGAUGUAGAGCUGGAAAACACAAGAGGUUAGUGUGUCUUAGGGCUUCUUUUUGAUGCAUUGGUGUUGGUUGGAACAUGGAUGAGAGUGUGUGGCCUCUGAGCACAGUGGGAAAUGUGAACAGCACCACAACUGCUCACUGAGACACAAUUUCAAUGACUGCAAAUGCAUUUUUAUAAGGUUUUAAAGCAUAAAGCGUAGGAAAUAGCCUUAAGUGCAUUCACGGGUAAAUGAAAUAGUAAAAGAUUUUGCCUCAUGGGCAUCCAAAAACAUUAAGGAUGUACUGUAUACUUUUUUAAAAGUUGUAACUUAAUAUGCAGAUUGUGAAAUAAAUCCCCAAGCCCAGCUAUUCUUUGCUCUGCAGUAACACGCUCAAACCCACCUUUGUUCCUGCACACCUCCAUCAGAUUUUCCUCAUGGAGCAUUUUGUCUUUUUUAACCUCAUUAGAUUCCUUACCUGGGACUCUUUCUGAAGACCACAUUAUUUGGGGAAGCUGCAUUAAAACAGUGUCACUCUCAGCCCUUGGGUGACCUAAGUCGAUUUAUCCUGAGUAGCAUUUUAUUUGCUGUGCUACAUGACUUUGCUGUGGUCUCCUGCGGCUAUGAGUGCUGACUCCUCGCCUGUCCGCUUUUGAAGGUUUCCUCUCUUCUCCUUUGUGUCACACACUUCCCCCUGAGUUCAUGAAGGUGUGAACACAGGAAAAGUGUAAUUCUCACAGUUAUAAAUCAUCUCUUGCUGACAACUGGUUUCAGGAGUAUAACUUUGCAAUCCUGAGAAUUGCGCUUGUUUUACUUUGGAGUUUUAGACCGUUCACUAUUAAGUAGUGACUUUGUGUUUGUGGCUUUCUGGUCUGCUCAUGUCAUGUCUGUUCUCUGCAAAGCAGCUGGAGCGGUGCUGUCAUUGAAUGGACUCGGACAUCAAUGGCUCUCUAUCCUGUGGCACAAAGAGCUAGCAUCCUAAUGCACUUGCUAUGCAAGAGGUGUGAUGUUCCUCAGCCCUUGAUUCACAGAGCGGAGCGUGUAUUGGAGGAGAUUUAAAAUCCAUUACAGUUUAGUGCUCCCUAGGAAAAUAGUUAAACAGAGCAAAGCAGAAGUUAGGACAGGGUGCCUUCAGGAAAAGUAAAACUGCUUAUACUUUAUUCAUAAAAAUCUGCAUGCAUUUGUGUUCAAUUAUUCAACUGUGUAUAGAUAUUUUAAUUUUGUUCACAAAUGAUGCUUUUCACCUUUUCAACAGCAGGAAAACCCUCCCCAGUUUGUUGAUUGCAGACCAGGAGCUAAUCAUAAUCUGACAAUCUUCCACAGGUGAUGGAUUUGCUUCACAAUUUCCUUUUCUGUUGUAAUAAAAGGGUCUUUUUCCAUAGGAGUGGAAGGAGCCAGGUCUCUGCAGUGUUGAAAUCCCAUUUCACACUUUGGGUCGUUUACCGUGGUCGUCAAUUUGAAGGAAAGAGACCUCAAAAUGAGCAACCCCCAGUAAGUACAACACAGAGUUUUGUUUAGCAGUAAAUGACACAAAGAUCCAACAUUUUUUGGAGCUUUAGUCUGCAGAUGUAAAACAGGCUGCAGUGGCUGCUGUGUGAUUCCUGUUUCUUUAAAGUAACAAAGGCAACUAAGCUCUAUUGACAAAACCAGUAUUUUUACCUUGAGGAACACAGGAGUUGCUUGUCUACAACUGCCUCUAACAAACCAACAUCAAGCAUUGCUCCUGUGUUCUGCCAAAUAAAAUCACUGUCAGAGGAGUGUUUGGCAUCAGUGAUGCAUGGCUGUUUCUUGAAUAAAAAAACCAAUGCCACAGAUCUUUUCUACAACGAUGCUGGCCCCGCAAGUUAAAAAAAGACCUGUAAGUAGGCCCCCCAUGAAUGACCUUUAGAGAUCAGCAGGAAAGCCAAACUCAGCCUUGUCCAGUAUCUCUGAGAGCGAGAGAAUGGCCGGCCAGCUCCAGUCUCCUCCGGCAUCUCUCAGCAUUCAGCGGGGAUGUUCACUUGUCAUCUUCUCUUAUUAAUAAUUACUCCGUGUGUGGUCCUCCAGACAGGCCCUGCAUUCUGAUGGCUGUAUGGGUUGGGGCUAAGAGAAGGGAAAGAGAAGGAGCUGGGGGAAUGGAGCGGGAAGAGUGGAGGGAGGAGGUGGAGUGGAGAAGAGUGGUGUGGUGUGAAGGGUGAAUGCAGAAUGGGUUCAGUCAGCUGCAUCUUCUGAUUAAAGGCACAGGAUGCUGCCUCCAACCAACUCAAAUUCUCUGUUCAGACUUCAGACCACCAAGUUAGUGCAGCUAAUUGUUGAUCACAAGUCCAUUUAAAGAAGGACAGAAGAACCUAAUGGAAAAUGUUUGAAUGCGUAGUCCCUUAAAGGCAUGAAUUACAGUUUUUCUCAGUUGCUUUGGGGCAUUUCUCACAUCACUGUUUACAUUUGUACAAUAGUGAGUGCAUUUCUCAACUGCAAAACCUAGUUGAUGACCUGCAAAACAUGUCACUUACUUAAAAUAGAUAGUUUGUUCCUCAAAAGCAAAUAUUUGUGUAAAUGAAAGUGUCAGAUUUAAACUCCUGACACCAUUGUUUAUGAACCAGACAGUCGAAUGGCUUUGUCAUGUUUUCAUUAUGACAGUUUACUUUCUAAGUGUUUUCAAAUGCAAAAAAAAAAAAGGCAGAUCUUGGUGAUACAAUCUGAAAAUGCUCAAGACAGCACUAUACUCUAUUUGCACAGCCAUUUGAAAACUACAGUAAAGUUACACAUUACUGUAUUUAAUAACUCUAUUACAGCUUUUUGUAUCUCUCUCAACCUUGAUGCAUUGUUUGCAAUCGUCAUUGCACAAAUGGCUUCCUCUUGUUGUGGAGUGAAAAGAGACCAUUUUCCAUCUCUGUGAGGUGCUUUUGCAAUCCUGUGUGGUGCAGAGUAAAAUUAUGUACAGUAAACGUAAGAUGUACUGUUUAAACCUGUAUUUCUGUAGAGUACAAUAACAGUUCUUCCCACUUGUAAAACGCUGCAGUACAGUCCCAUACUGUAAAUAUGGCAAAUCUUUAUUGUAACACCACAGUGCAGUAAAUCCGUGCUGGAGUAAAGCUGUGAGUCUAAACUUAAAAUGUAAAAAGUGACAAGUUCUUGUCCCACUACGAGCUUCAAAUGUUUGAAUAAUUAAACUUACAGUGUUUCUCCCAACAUUUGGCUGCACCCUUCGACCAGCCUCAGCCACUGGGGAGGCCAUGAUUGACAACGUGGUCCAUAAUUGUAGCCAUAAUCUUAUCAAGAAUCCACCUAUGUACUUGGCCUCCCCUUCCUCUUCCCCUGUUUUGUCCCCCUUCACCACGCUGACCUUCAUUUCUGUGUCCCAGUAUUGUAGAAGUGGUACACAAUAUGUCCGGCUUGGUUUAUGCGUGCUAGCCAAGUGUGGCUUCACAGGAUUCAGCUCUGAGUAACUGUGGAGAAGUGGCUCGUCAUUGGUUGUAACUAAUGCUUCACACAGCCCUCCUCAUCAGUGAAAGCUGAGGUUGACCUGAGAGAAAUUGUUUAUUUCAGGAGACAUUUUGAGAAAAAAAUGAUAAAGAAAUGGUUAAAAUUUGCUUGACAGAUUUUGAGAACUAGUUUGACAUUUUUGUAUGAAAUGGCUCAAGCAAUGAGACGAGGACUCCUGCUAAUAGAGGGAAUGACUAUUCAGCAUUCAAAAGUAUAGUUCAUUUUGACUAUAAACAGAUGAAAAUGUUAUAAAAUUGCAGAGAAAUGUGUAAAAGCAAUUGAUGCAUGUCCAAAAGCAUUUGCAAUUUGAUGAAAGGAAUGAGAAACUGCUGCUCUGAUGUGCACAAAUGACUAAAUGUUGUGGAGGUUGAAAUAACUGUUGUGUAAAUGUUAAUAGUGAUGUGAGAAAUGGACCAAAGCGACUGAGAAAAACUGUUAUGAAUAAUGUAAGGUGACGAGUGAAAAACUUUUGCAAAAGAAAGGUCUUAGGAGAUAUUUUCACCCCUGCUCCUUUAGACCUGAUAACUACUGCUGUAAAUACUCUCUCUUUCACUCGUCCACAGCCGUCCAUUUUAGCCCAUGAAAUAUCCAGUCCUACUGUUACACAGGUUGACAUGUUCCUCCGUUAAUUUGAUCAUGGUCACUGUUGCUGCUAUUAAAUACUAUCUGGUCUAUCAAAUAUCCCGACUUGAUGCUGAAAAUAGUCCCCUACAAAUGCAUUCUCAGCAAAUACAAUUCCCAUCAGUUUGGAGUAGUUUGUCAUUUAAAGCAUAAUUUUUUUAAAACAUGUACUAGAAUCCAUUUAUUUUUUACAGUUUCAUUACCAGAGAGAACAAUUGGACCUGGGUCUUCUUAGUCUUUUUUCAGUAUUUUCAACACCAAGAUCAGCAUUUGACAAGGACUAAUUAACCUUUGAAUUUCUAUUUUUAAGACAAACAUCCUAAAGGUUGUUUUAUUUCACCCUAAUGCACAGCACUUUCUUUGGACAAUAUUGCAAUACAGACAAUAAAAACAAUACAGAAUAACAGAACAGAAAGCAAAGAGACAAAGAAAACAACAAUUUUGAAUUUCCAUUAAUGAAUAUUGUAUUUCGAUUUUUGUGAAAGGUAAUACUUUCCAUGCAAAGUUAACAGAUUUAAACAGCCGUUUCGGUAAUGCAGGGUAAAUCUAUACAGUGUACAGUACUUGGCUGCAUUUACCAGAACUGACUUGGUAGAAAAAUGAAAUAUUAUAUUGAAAAGCAUGUUCAAAUCAGUUCAAAUCUUCUCUUUCUCGAAGGCCACAGUUGCAUUAAUGAUAGAAAAGGUGAGUAAGGUAGCAUUUUAUCAAGACUCUAGCGGACAGAUAUUGCGGAAUAUUCCCAUUCCAGCAAUCAGUACCUUUUACUGUUUCAGAAGUCAUCCCAUUGUUUGCUAACUGAAGUUAACUGGACAAAAAACUACAGAUUCAGGGCUGUAAAUUAAUGUCUCAUAAGUCCAGCAAAGACCCCCACUCUCUAUUCAUGCAGCAGAAUUGUCAACUGCUGUAAUUUCCUCCCCAGACCUUGAAGAGUAAACACUUCCUAGAAGAUCUGAUCUUACAAAUGUACCACUGUGUCAGGAGCUCGUGCCAGCAUUGCUGCUGCUGCUGCUGCUGCUGUUGGGAAAUCUGGCCGGUGCCUGUAGAAGUGAUUUGGCACAUUCGUCCCAGCCUUCCUGAUGAUAUCAGGGCAGUGAAUUGCUGUGCACCAAGGAGCAGCCAAGUGUCCGUGUACAAACUUAUUGGGUGAGACAGAGCGACUGGGUUGUAGACAGCUGGCUGAAAAUACGGUAGCAGUGAGCGCUCAGAAUGACAAUGAUACUGAUGCCCUCUGCAAACCUCUGGUCUAUGCUGAGGCAGCACUUUAAAACCCACUGAAGUGACAGAAGCUGAGAAUUUAUUGCUCAGAAGAGAUGAUUCAUAAUAAGAUGAGACAGGCAUCAAACACACCACUUAUCAGUUUGAUAGAAAAGCUGCAUUAUAGUCCAUUUUACCAUCGAUUUGUCCUGUGUAAACAUAGAAUUAUGAUGAUAGAAUUAUGUCAAAGCUAAGUUUAACCUUAUUUUAAUUUAACUGAAUGAUACAAUCUGUUAGUGCAAUCCAAGGGCAGAGUUAUUUUGAAUGAACAUUAAUCUGUACCUAUAAACAUCCUUGUUUUAGAGUUACAUUCCCGAAUAAAUUUUCUGUUUUGUAACACGCAAAUUAUAAACCAGACAAGGUCCCACUUGAACCACAGGGGGUGCCAAAAUCAACACAAACGAAAAGUUCCUUGAAAGAGCUUCAAACAAGUAAAAGUAAUAGAUGAGACUUUUCUAGAUAGUUUAACUCAGAUUCAAGUCUCAAACUGGUGUCUCGUCUCAGUGACACAUCUGAGCUGCAGUCCUGGAAGCCAAUGAUUUCCUUACUGAGGUAUCUUAUGUCUGCAUUUGAUCCCCCUUUAUGUACUCUGGUGUUAGUUUGAGUAAAGAGACAUAAAUGAGUUUUGCUUUCUGUUGAGCUCAGCUGUAUUGAACGUCAGUGGAACUUGAGUACCUUUCUCACAAUGAGCUGCGUAAAAUCAUAGCUGAAUAGAUUACAAGUAAAGUAUGUUAAAACUUCAGAUCUUUAGAGUAUGAAGUCUUGUCUGGAACAUAUUCAGAUUAUAAUCUUACAAAAAGGGUCUUCAGCCAGUACUGAAAGAAAUGUGUAAAUGGAGAAUUUCUGAAUGUAAUGGCUGUGAUAGAAAAUGAGCAACAUUAUUAAGAUUAUUUAUACUAAAACUAUAUAUACUUGAUCACGUGUCCCUGAGGUUAUUUACUAUUGCACCUGCCAUGUUAUGACAAACAACUCUAAAGUUUUGCAGUCAAUACGUGAGAGCUUUGUAUCUAUUGAUCACUGCAUGGUGAUUUAUGGCGUUUCGAUGUAAUAAUGCUGGGGAAUUGAAUAUACACUACAUCCCUGACCAUAAUUAUGGCAGUGCUCCUGGAAAAUAGUGUUUUCCAGGAUUUAUACGCUAUGUUCUGCAGAUUCUGAAUAUUAUAUAUUAUACAAAUAUUUUAUAUCAUAAUAAAGGAAAUACAUGUAACUAAAUCUUUAAGGUGUGACCAUCUGAAAAACAUGCCUCCCACGUUAAGACCAGCUCAGUAUUUAGAGGUAUGAGUGGCUCCAUCGUUCCCACGCCUUUUGGGCCACUGAAAGCAUUUGCGCCCACCACGCAUGGUUGCAAGAUUACCCCUCCCAGCCAUGCAUGCCCUAUGUUAACCUUUCUUCUUCCUUGUAGCAUUUGCUAAUAUCACACGCCUCUGAAAAGACACCAGCCUUCAGCGUGCCCCUGGCUGUCCUUUCCUGCAUCAUUGGAGGGAGCAAAGUGCUCAGAUGUGAAGCCUCCCCAGGAUGGCAACUAGCCACUCCACUAGGCUCAGCACAUGAUGGCUCCUGGCCCACUCUGUGAUUGUCUUGAAAUGUGAAUUUGAUGCACUAAACAGUUUGUGUCUGUCAUGACUGAUUAGUGUCCUUGCUGUGGUCGUUCAGAGGUGCCAAGUCCACGAAUAACACUAGGAUGUGCAUGUGGGUUUCUGUGGCGAGCAUGCUAAUAUGUGAGUGUUUGACCCUCAAGCUAAGCAACAUAUCCAGCUGGACUUGUAUGACAGAACAUCAGAUAUUUAAAGAAAGAACAAGGGCAGGGUAUGGUGUGCACUUAGGACAGGAGAAUGAAUGAUUGCUAACCAUGUUGGAGCAAUAGAGUUGGAGCGAUUCCUGAUUUCCGAUGUGAAUGAUGAAAUAACCCUACAAAAGAGGCCAUCAAGCUGCUCUCAGUCAAAAAGUAAGCCAGGAAAAGAGGAAAGGAAGGACCUAUUUUCCUUUCUAGGCCUGUCUACAUGAACAUUUAACAGGAGGGUGGGUCUGCUCAUUGAGCAUCUACAAACUGUUUCCUCCCACUUUGUUUCACCUCCAGCACAGAGGUUGGAGAAUCCGCCAGCCUGAUGGCCUUUGUUCCCCUUUUGUUGUAAUCAAUGCCUUCCUCCUCUGUUAAGCACUGGAGUUAUUGAUGCCUCCACACUGGCUGCACUGGGAUGCCUGCCAAGUCGAUGUGUGACUCCUGUUCCAGGGUGACUUCUCCUUGUGCGCUAUUGGCUGAGCUUGUGUGGUCACAACCCACCCUGUGCUCUUAAGUUUUAGGACCUCAAUGACAGAGAGAUGAUACUUUAUCAGGUCCUGCCAAAUAUAGCAAACUUUGCAGGAAAAAGUACAAUGUUUUGUCAAGACAGCAAAAUUAUAGUUGCAGAAGCUUGUUUUCAAACUAAUUCUGAACUUGAGUACAACAGUGAGGAUAGCUGUGGUCUUGGUAACUGCAGGCAACUUCACAAUUACUUGAUUUGAAAGAAAAGGUGCCGAAAGAGUAGUGACAAAGUAAACUACCUGGAAAGGGGAGUUCAAUUGAAAUGAACGUUUUCUAAAGGAUUGCAGAAUAUAUGUGCCUUGAAGUCAAAGCUUAAAGGUGCAAAAUUAAUUUAGGGUCAAACACACUGUAACACCGAGUUAGACACCCCCUCAAGAGAUGAAUGUUACCGACCGCUUGCUUCUCUAGUUAUACCAGCUUUAGUAACAACCGCACAAUAGCAAUACACAGCAGUCUGAGGAGCCACACACAAACCUCAACCAAAACGCCACUCUAUAGCCACAAAUAAUGUUCAGAACAGCACCUAACUUCAUCCACAGUACAUAUAGAGUCCUAGCUACAGCACUAGCCACCAAACAUCUUUUUAACUUUGCCUAAUUUCUUAAACAAAGAGACUAAACACAACUCACCUACUCUCCUCCAGCAGCCACUUGUUUGUAGCAAGACUUCAGGCCAGUCCAUUACGGACUGCUGUGGGGUGUCUCGGUCUGAUUGCAUUUCCAUGAAGUAAUGAUUAUAAAUGUUGUUCCUUGAGCUGCGUCACCCCGUAACAGUCCGUAAUGAACUGGCCAGAGGUCUCGCUAAAAACAAGCGACUGCUGGAAGAGAGUAGGUGAGUUGUGUUUAGUCUCUUUGCUAAAGAAAUUAGACAAAGUUAAAAAGAUGUUUGGUGGCUAGUACAAUGGUCUGGGACCCUAUAUGUACUGUUGAUGAAGUUAGGUGCUGUUUGGAGCAUUAUUUGUAGUUAUAGAGUGGCGUUUUGGUUGAGGUUUGUGUGUGGCUACUGGGACCGCUGUGUAUUGCUAUCCUGCGGUUGUGACUAAAGUUAGUAUAACUAGAGAAGCAAGCAAUCGACAACAUUCAUCUCUCGAGGGGGUGUCUUUUUUGUUUUGUUUUUUUUCAAAUCUCCUGGAAAGCAAAUUGGCAUAUUUCCUGUGGUUUGAGACGUGCUCCCCUGUAUUCUCUGCUAAUGAGAAAUGCAGAUCAACUUGUUAUCACUCGCCAGGUAAAUGUGUCCUUGUUGAGGAUGCCAGCAAACACUGAAAAUGAGAAACCUCCCCCCGUGUUUGUGUUUUCAUUCAUCAAAAUUAAGCACGGUCCCAGUGGUUAUUAUCACACUCUACAACCUUGUGCAUUUUCCAAGUGGUGGCAAAAGCUGAUUCAAAUUAACCGCAUACUUACAUACAACCUUGCUCUGCACAUCUGUCAUUUGCUGCGAUAUUUCCACCCUUACAUCAUACAGAUACCAAAUUUAAGAAGAGAAUUCGCUAUACAACAUCUCUAAUGUUGCCAUGGUUGUCAUGUGUGUGUGCUUCACAGGGCUCCUCCCCAGGCCCGAGCCUCAGAGCUGGAGGUGAUCUCUCAGCAGGUGGAGGAAGACAACCAGUGCGCAGCUCCUGUCCAGCUGGUCAGCUUGGCCUACAGAGACUUGCCUUUGGCUGCCCUGGAUAUUUCCCUGGCUGGAUCCCAGCUUAUCUCAAAUCCAGAUGAAGAGGACAACAGAGAGGGGUAAGUUGCAUACAAUCACCCUGUCAAUUCACCCUUGAUAGUUUAACUAAAGAAAAGGGAACAAUUCCCUGUGAUGUUCAUGUCAUACGAAAAAAUUGGGCUUUACAAUAACUUGAGUAAAGUCCUGCAGAAAAGGUGUGUAGAGUUUAGGAUUUGGCUCUCAAACUUUCAGUCAGUAACAGCAUCAUAUUGCACAGUUUUAGUAAGCCUCAUACUAAGUAGUAGCAUGAUUAUUAAUGCAAUCUCUAUGUAUGUUAUACCUUUUCGGAUGGUAGAUAGUGUGAGUGGAACAAGAUGUGAAUUCUCAAAAAUGAGGAGAACAUUUAUUAGGCCACAUCAAAAUAAGACAAAAAAUGUCAAAUUAAUGAAAUACUUUGCAAAAACUCCCCUGCAGAGGAAGAAAAAUGAAACAUCCGUCCGACAUAAGUCCAACAAACUGGCUCUCCUCACAGCCUCCACACACCCCUGUGCAUUCAGAGCCAAAAACCUUAAAUAUACUUUUAGAGUGAAAUGUAAAAAUCAUAUUCAUUUAAUAUAUGCCUCAAACCACUACUGCUUGGGGGCUAGAGGAAUGUGCACCUUCCUUUAGCCUUAACAAUACUUGGUUUGGACACUAUGGCCUCAUAACGAUGUAAUUAAUUGUAACAAAGGAAACAAAUGUGUAAAUAAAUUAAACUGAUGGUUCUCAUUUUUACUGACACAGUUAAAUCAUUUUAGAAAUAUGUCUUCUUUGACAUUGUGUGUGCGUGUUGUGUGUAGUGCUGCACCUCUAUGAAGGCAAAAUUACAAUUACCACAAUCUAUAAUCUACCCUGGCACAGGAAAGCUCUGCCGUCGCUCAGGUUAUUGCACAUGGUAAUUACACCUUGCGUUUCAAAUCAUGCUCCUGUUUUAUAUUAGAGAACGGCAGUGGAGGAUAUUUGCCGAUGAAUUUAUCAGUGUCACCAUGUUAAAUGAACAGUGUGUCCACUGAUGUGUUCAUUUCAGCUCCAUGACACAGCAAUUUCUCGCCACCAGACAGGCCUUUGUGCAUAAUUUUGAUUCCUGGCAGAAAACAGAACUCGUCGUUUGCAUCCUAGCUUUCCUGAAAUGUCACAGCCCUGUGGUGGUGCUUUUUUUUGCAUGUAUAUGCCUCGUAUUGUUUUCUUAUCACCAUAUCACCAUGCUUCAGGCCCAGCACUCUUGGGACAGGAUGCACCCUUACUCAAGCCCCCCUGUAGCAAGUGCGCAUGGCUCUACACUCAGGAAGCGUGACUCACAACCCUUUGGCAUGCUGCAACUUUGGCAUCCAUGCAGAGAAAGUCGACAAACAGCAUAAGCUUAAUUAAAGCAUCCGGCGUUUCGCCAUCCAAGGCCCUCUGUGUCAGCUGAGCGUGUCCGGCUGGACUUUGCCCGACCUGGCCCAAUCCAGGACCGUCGCUCUGUGGGACUGAGGGCCGGGACAGAUGGGUCCCGUCCCAAACACCCACUCUUUGAUUCUAACUCAGAUCUUUUUCACGCUGUCCUGCCCACUAAAAGGGCAGAAAACACACGCAUGGCAGAACCACAGCAGAGGGCAGGAUCUGGCAUUCCUGUGAAAUUAUUAUCACAGUUUGGGCCCUCUCACACAGACGCAUGACACCCUGGUGUCCUGGGAUCUGGCAUUGUGAAGUGGAAAAGUCAUGCAGUGCCAAAACAUGUUAAAUUUAUUGAGUAAACAAUGCAGAUUUUCUUGAUUAUGAAAACAAAGAUCUGACUAGAGAAAAUACCUCCUCAUUGUCCAGGAAGCUCAGAGGAAUGCAGCCAGUUUGUAGAAAACAGUCAUCCAUGUGAGUGUUACAGUUUGUUCGUGAGCUUUUUAGAUCGGAAUUCCUGAUUUUCAGGUCACAGGCAUUCCAAAACAUACCUGUCAUCACAGUUUCGUUAACACCUUCGUUCUUUGGAAGAGCUCUUGGAAAACGCAACAGAGCGAGCUCGUAGCCAUGAGCUCUGGCUGCCUCUGUGACUCAUGUGUUUAAUAUCAGAGGACCGACACCAAGGUGGGAUGUGUUGUAUCAAGCAAGAUUGUAAUUUGUAAAGAUAAUCAAGGGCCCUCCUGGCAAAGUAAUUAAAUAAAUGAUUUAUUCGGGGAAUUCAGUCACUAUUUUUGAGCCUCCUUACUUUGGCAGAAGCAUUUUAGUUUUAGGUUAUUUGUCCACCUGCCACAGUCUUGUCUGUGAAGUAUCAUUAACAUUAAGAAAGUCUUCAAACUUGCCUAAAUGUCGACAAAAUCAUUAACUAGAAUCUUGAGAUCAAAAAUUAAGGCUGAGUAACUUCUUGAGAAAUUAAUUCUUCCGUAUCUGAGACAUUAUUUGUAACCAUCUACCACAAAGAAGAUGUCAGAAAUACUUUGCAGAAAUGUCUUCAAGGUUUGCAUAAAUAUCGACUCAGGAGUGAUGUUAAUUUGCUUGAAGGUUAAGGCCAUCUCACCACAUCUUGACCCUUUAUUCUUGUGGUUUUAUAAAAAAAAAAAGGUGUCAUGGAAAUCUUGGAGAGAAGUAUGGCAGGAAAAGGGCAAGACGUGUAAGAAAAAGGUCUCUUGGGAGCCGUAUAAACGACUGGAAAAAAAGUAAUAGACCUUGACUCUCUCAAGACUUAUCCUUCAUAUUCGGCCUUUCCUUUGAGAUGAGAACUAAACCAUUCUGGCAGGUUGUUUUACAUUACAAAUGUACUUUACCGUGUAAAGCACUUAAGACAAUACUGGUUGUUUAUAAAUCUGUUAUAUAGAUAAAGGUUGACUUAAUUCAACUCCUGUGAAUGAUCCAAACUCACUUAUUCAAUCUUGGCUGACUUUCAGAAAUGCACUGAUCCAGUUUUUUAAACAUUAAUACUGAGGGCUGAUCCAAUAACAUUGUUUAAUUGAUUAUGAUUUCUAUCUAUGAGGAUAACACUUGGGUUUAUUUGUGUGUUAAGCACCGUUAGUUUUUUCUAAUCUACAAAACUAAAUACAUAAGUAUAUGUUUAUUAACUUCAUGUAUUAUUAUCACAUUCUACCCUAUAGUCAAUCUUCCAAAACAAUGUCCAGUUGUCCAAAAUGAUGAACAAGGUCAGGAUGUUUCUCAAAUACCUGAAGCCGACAAAGUUAGCUGCUUUGUUUUGCUUCCUUUUUGUUUGGUUGAACUUUUUUUUUUCUUUUUAUGCAUGAUGUCUGAAAAAGUAAGGUGUGUUGUAUUCUGGCACCACUACUCUCUUUGAAAUAUUAGCUCUGCAGAUAUUAGCUAUACUCAGCCUUUGUUGUUCGCUUCCCUUUCAGCUUUACUGCUUACAGCGAGAAACUGUGGAUGACAAAGGAUGUAUGCAUGUAGUUACUGUAAGCACAGAAUACCACAGAACUGAACUGAAAAGAUAAGCUUUAUGGAUUGGCUCUUCCUCACGAAUACCUGACCCAGCUUUUUGAGUCAAAAUCAGACAAAUAGGUUUUAUCAGUGCAUCCAUUCUAACCUGUGAUUUUGCGUCGUACAAAGGAUUUUUUUAUCGUUUUAAAAAUUUCUAAGAUUUCUGUGAUUGGCCAAAAGUAGUCCUCAUGUUUAUUGUACGGUAAAGUCCACUUCGAUUGCCCUGCAUCCAAUACGCAGUGUUGCAGCAUUUCAGUUACUUUGAUUUCUUAAUCAGUUUGUUUUUUGAGGCUGCUGUAAUUCUGAGAUGUUUGAUGUUGUAGUUUUGACAUUUGAUGAAUCUUGCAGUGUUCUGGAGAGGCUUUCAUUUUGAUCUGAAAAAUUACUUUUUCUCUCUCUCUUUUUUUUUUUUUUUUACUUUGGCCUGUGCUUUAGUUUGGAUCAAGACAUGGUAAAAAAAAAUCACUAUGACCAAAGUGGUCAGAGGCUGCAAAUCUAACAAGUUCUUUCUUGUGAAUUUGGCCUUAAUCUUUGAUAAGGCUUUUGAUUUUGUUUUGUUUCAUUUGUAAGUUAAAAAAAAAAGAAAACAGGAGAAAACAAACCAGUGAUGCACAUUUAGCCUUGCAUUGCAGCUUCUUGUGGCUCUUUAUCAAAAGCCGUGGGCGAUCAUGUAGGAGGUGGAUGUUCUUGCGGACUACAAGGGGCACACACAGUACUUGCAAAUUCUGUGCAGUGGUGAGCUGGGUGAGAGUAUUGAUAGAUUUUGGCAGUGCCAUCUUCUCUGGGACUUGCAGGAAAGUUCGAAGUGAGGGUGGUGUUAUUUCAAAUUAGUCACUUAAUUGUAUUAUUGUAUUAUGUAAUUUUAAAAUUCCUGUCUUUUUUAUAGCUUCUUUUUUUUUCCUGAUUUUUUCCUUUUUUUAAUACAGUGAGAUUUCAUGUUUCUAUCACAUGGAUAAGCAGGAAAAAAUAAUGUCCACAAAAGAUAUGCUGCACUUACAAGACUCUUUGAAUGAUGCAGUUAAAAGAAUGAUAGCAUUUUUUUGGUGCAACAAGAUGAUAUGAUGACAUCUUCCAACACCUGAUCGUGACCUCUAUACUGAAUGUAACAUCCAGGCCCCCAGCGAACACCUCCUGCAUAUCCUGCACAUGUCCAAGUUUAUUAUCUGCAGAUCAUCCUUCCGCCCACAGCAGCAGCAGCAGCAUAUGCUGUUGAUCUCUGAGGGCUCGACUGAGAGGUGUGAGGCUCUGCGUCAAUGACAGAUGGUUCAUAUGGGUCAACCUGCCGCUUUGACUGGAGAAGAGAGGAGGCGGGCGGAGGAGGGGAUAAAGACAAGGAUGGAGAGGGAGGGGAGGGGGGGGACAGAGCAGGCAACCUUCCUCCACAAUUUCAUUCACAAAGCUGCAGAUCACAAGGAAAUGGCUUCAUUUGAUAAAUGCCAUAUCUGUCCAUGUUCGACUGUAGCAUUGCCUGCAGCCUGUGCUGUGCUAUGUGGUGAUAGCUACAGGUCUUUUUUUUUUUUUGCUGUGAAUUGACAGGUGAAAUGUCAGCUAUGAGAUAAGCUCACGUUAAGCCUCGAUUGGUUCGUUACUCAACAUAUUGCUCGCAUUCCCCGGUGAAAUAAAUCUCUCUGGCAGCUUUCCUUCUCAAUUUGUUAACCCAGCAACAUGUAAUAAUCAAAGCCAUGUUGACAACAGUGUAGUUUAAAGUGGAUGGUAUAAUUAGAAAAAUGUGGACUAUAGAAAAUAGCUCUGAGAGAUCUUGCCAGAUUCUAGUAUGUAUUUUGGCAGCAGCAAUAUUUCACAGGGCUUUGGAAGCAGAGCCAUACUACACCUGUUCUGUGUUGAUGGAUGUCUGAAAAGAGAGAAAAAUCCCCCUACCCCCUCUAUCCCUGACUCUAUUUCAAACAUACAGAGCAGUGAAACAGUCCUCUCCAUCAAAUUGUCUCUCCUGCCCGGCACCAUGUGCGACACAAUAGAUGACAUUUGAGUGCAGGGUUUGUUAAUAUUCACAGACAUGCAAAGUGUGAGAUUGCUUUUUAGGCUGAGAGCGAGAGAGAUCAAGUGUCCUGGUGAAAACCCAUUUAUCAGGGACAGCUUGUCUGCUGCUCCGCACAUGGAGCCCCAUCCAUCUCCAUUUGCUUGGGAUCUGUGGCCCAUUUUCCUGGCAAAGACCAGCUCUGAGGCCCCCUCUGCUUGGGUUGUACUGCCUCGAAGGAUGCGAGAAGCAGAGAGGUGAUUGCUGAUCGGAAAGGUCUUGUUACCCAGGAAAGCUGCUUGCAUUUUCAUAUUAGGGAAAACUAAGAGGGAGUGCCAAAGCUGAACAGUUCUUAUUGGCAUCUGUAAUUGAUUAGCCCUCUUCAUUUGAUCUGUUUAUUUGCUGCAGAAAUGUUUGUCUAUCCCCUGGGUGUAGGACUUGGAGAGAUUAAUAGCGAUGAGAUGUAAAAAAAAAAAUCUAAAAAGUACAAUUGAUUGCCCAUGAUAGCUUUACUUUAUUCAGCAUAUUUAUUGCUUAGCUGGUUUUUAAAUCUCAGGGCAUCUUCACUUAUUUUUGCUGUGGCAACACAGUUGACUUGGCAGCAGUUUCUCAGGGAAGGAUUUAUCCAGUAGUUAUGAUGGCAUUUGUCUUGAUUUUCAAGAACCCAUAGACAGAUGCCUUUUGAGGACUCAGGGUGCUUUUGUAAGGCCUUACAAUUGACUUUAGUAAAUUAUCAUUUCUAAGUAUAAUGGAAGUUAAGGAAUAAUUAUAACAGAGUUGGGAUUAAGUCCUCCAACCUGCUGUUCAGUUGCCUGCAGGUGAGGAGUGUGGCCAUUUUUUCCCCUGUCUGAGAAAGCUGAGUUUAUCAGAAAAAGAAGUUUGUCACAUAAUCAGAGCCAUGAAAAUACAACUAAAUAAUAUGAUUUUUUUAAUAACAUUAAACAGCAGCCUGCCAGACAGGAUCAUGUUUGCACCACCCUAACACUGGUAUCAAAUGUAUGACUUAAUGACUCCGUAAGCUAAAUUAUUAGCUGAGUUAUUAGAUGACUGAUUAAAAGGCCUGACUCACAAAAGGAUUGUUCUUCUUUUAUGACCAAUUCCCAAAGCUCACACAAAGGGUUACGCCACAGAGCAAAUAGCGAUUCUGUGUGUUGAUGUUGUUUGUACCCAUUGAACUGAGCCUUCUGCAUUUAUUUAGGGCAAAAAAUUCCCAAAUCCAUUCAACUCAACUUUACUGCAGUAAGCACUGGUGCUAACGGACAUGCAUUCAGAGGGAAAUUUACUGUCAGAUGAGAGUUGAUGGUAAAGUCAUCAAAGGAGAGGCAUUUCAUAACUGAAGGCUGUUCAUCACAUUGUAAUUUUAGAGACUUUAGAGAAUGUUUGUAAAAAAAAAUAUCUCAGAUCAAUCUCAGAGGGAAACACUACUCUUCUACUGAACUCACAGACCAUAUAGCGAGUGAUUCAAGGUCACAGUUCGUCAUUUUGGGAGCAUGGGUUUAAUAGUAUGGCUGCUACUCAUAAAAGUGACAUUUAUAAAACAUAAAUAAUCCCUAUUGUAGCCAUUAUUUUCAUCUGUACAGAUAUAAGUCUUGCACUGUCUUUAUUAAUCCCUUAGGAAGCAGGAGUAAUUGUGUGCCAGCUGCCCCGGGUCCGUACCCCGAUGUGCUGGAGUUUUUCACUGAGCAAAGUUGCUCUGUUGUAAAUGUGCAAUCAAGACAUCAAUCAAGAGUCUCCAUCAAUUAUUCAGAGGCGGAGCUCCAAAGUCAUUCAGAGCGACACUAUUUUAAGCCUUCCUUUGCAAACAAUUUGAAGGUGAGGCUUGUGUUUGCAGUCCUUCGUUUUCUGUUUAUGUGCGUUUGUGUGUCACAAUCAAUACUGCAGACAAGUUGAUAGAGUCUUUUCAGACUCAUUACUACUGAAUGAAUUUCUCCCACUGCAGCACUUCCACUGCAUCCUUUAACACAAGGAGCAGAGCACUACCUCUGAUUUAAUUUCCAUUUAGCUUGUACAUAAUGAGUCUACAUUGUAUUUUAUCCUGUCUCAAUUACAGGAGACAGAAUAAUGAACGGGAUGAUCCUUCUGAUAGGAGAGUCACUUAUCUGGGGCUCGAGCCAAAACUCUGUCCUGUUUGUGUGAAUGGGCCCCAACAGAGCGAGCCUUUCAGCACGCGUCCCUCUCAGGCUGAUGUCUUUGUCUCUGCUCUUUACUCUCUGGCCUUCCCGCUGCAGCCGGUGUCAUGUACAGCAUGCCAUCACUUCCAUCUCAGGCAGGUCUCUAUUGAUCAGUCCCAUGAUCUAAUCCCCUUGCUGUGCGCUGCUGUCGGGCCGCUUCGAUCUUCCCUCACUGUUACCUCAGCGGCUGCAGGCUUCUUGAUGUCUUUAUGAACCUAUCUGCCGAACAUGCCACCCUGCAUUUUCAUUUCCUCCCCACAUUAUGAUUUUUAGUGUGUGUCUUGUGUGUUUGCGUGCAUGACCGAACCGUAAGUUAUUGCCCAUUCGAUCUGCUCCUGCCAUGACCCAGAGAGAAAGAGAGGUGAUUUUCUUCCACCAUUGAAGCAGCCUCACUUCUUUCAUAAAUACUUCAGGUCUUUGGCGUUCAAGGUUUAAAGUGAUUUCCCUAAAAUUAAGUUUCUGAGCUUGGAGUAAUCCAUCACUGCCAUUUACUCCCUUUCCAGACAGGGUUUUUCUUUACAGGUUUAUUAAAUUAAUACCUUUUCUCCCCGGCAGUUGGGAGAGGUCUGAAUGAAUUAUGAGUCCACACAGUAUGAGUUCAAUCAUGCUUUUCAGUUCUUAAGGUAACCAAGGUCCCUCUUCCACCUUUUAACUAAUGGUCCACAAAAGUCUGCUGACUGUGUGUCAGGUGUAUCAUUAGGUAAAUGUUGCUCUUUCUUGGCUCUCCUCCUCCUGCAGAUGGAGUUUGACAUUGUGCCUUGUAGACAAAUCAGUGCAGGGGUAAGUCUCUGUGGAUCCUGCAAAUGACACCAUCACCCUCCUCUAUCACCCCAGGUGUUGAGCUCCUAAUCUGUUGGCACUGGCCGGUACUGAGGGUGGGUGCGGAGGGCUGAGUGCAGUGGUUAGCCUCUGGGAGAGCACUGACACAGCGUGGCUGAGCUCCAGCCUCUGUGCUGACCUUGGUGAAGGGUGGAGAGGAUGUGUAGCUGUGCCACACUGAGGUUAAGCUGCAAAGUGAUAGCACUAACUCUGUAUUUUAUCCUCAUUUUAUCCCCAGAGGAUUAGUCUUAUUUUGUACGUUUUCAAGUGCCAUUUCCAUAGUUGUGAUGCCUCUACCAAUUUUCUUACAGAGAUUUGGUUUCAAGAUGGUCUAGGCAAGAUGUUAUCGCAACAUUUUUUCUUGGUGGUUCGAUUCAGGACUAAACAUGUUUAUUAACUGACCCACUGAGCAUUUUUUGGUGUAAAAGAGGUCUAAUAGACGUCUAAAUGUAGCCUAGAUGACUGGUCUAAAAUCAGGCUACCACAGGUCUAAAAAUUAAAGUUUUUUUAGACGUCUAAAUUUAGCCCAAGUUUAAACCUAGUCUAAAUCCGGGCUAUAUCUAUCCUACACUGUAUAUUGCUUAUUGGCUAUCACAAUUGUUUUGGUUAGUACUUGGAGUCACAGCUGCUUUUUGAAAUAAAUAGUUAUCUGAUAAUGGGUUAAAGUGCAACGUCUAAAUUCCGUCUAAAAAUAUACUGAAUCUAGACGGUUGAAAUUAGGUCUAAAAAAAUAGAUGUCCAAUAUCCAUCUAUUGCUCAGUGGGGAAAGUCAGUGAGCAAACUAUGGCGGGUCUUUGAAAAGGAUGUAACAGGGCUGCCAAGUUUCAGAAAAUGACAAGAGUAGGACUUUAGUGUUAUGAUGUGUUUGGCUGCUGACCUGUGGUCUGCGGCGAAAAAAAAUUGGCCUUUUCUAAUGUCGAUUUAUACCUUAAGACUUAAGACUUAAAUUUUAAUAAACCAGAAAUUAGAAAGCCGUUGCGUGUGAAAGAUAGUUAGACGCCAAGAGCCGCCUUACGUUGAUUCUGAUUGGUUUAUAUUGCAUGGUGCCUUCCAUGGUUGGUUAGAUUUAGGCACAAAGGACUGAUGGAUUGGUCUGGGAUUGAUUAUCUCAGUCAGUCAAUCAGAGUAACUUGAACUACGGCAAGCCAAAUGUCAAGUGUGGCGUGUGGUGGGAGAAUGGGUUAAAUUGCAUGACUGUCACACUCAAAGCAUGACGCUUGGCAGCUCUGAUAUUGGGUGACAUUUGAACCAUUCACCGUGUUUUGUCCUCCAUAUAAUCUGAAGACAAGACUAGGCAGUAUGUCAGUUGACACAGUUACCAUUAGUCCAGUUGUAUAAAUGAUGUACCAUUUACAUACCUUAUUUUUAUCUUCUGAGAUAUAGAUUGAAAAAAGUAUUUUGAAAACUAGAUUUCAGGUGAUUGUUUCAGUCAUUUUUAUUAUUUCUCAACAAUCUGUAGUCGACCUGAUAAGAUGGCCUGCAAAUUAAAUGAAGCUGAUAUCUGGGUUUCUUAUGACUGCUUGUCUUUCAUGCCUCAUAUACAAUAUUACAACAUUCACUUAAUCCUAGCAAUUAACGUUUUGAGUAGAGUGAACAAUUGAUAGAAACAAUUAAAUAAUAAGCCGGAAUAAUCCUUAAACACAAUUAGCAUGCCUCUCUGCUCGCUCCUUCUCAUUCUUUCCUCUCAAACUCCCCCCUUCUUCCUCCCUGGCUCUCGCUCCAGUUCACUUUUGGAUGAGCCCCAGUGCCUUUGAACCUCUCUCAGUGCGUCCCCCUUCUCUAAGAGCUGAGCCAAGAGAGGUUUGGAAUAAAAAUGUAUUCUCUCUUGUCUUCUGACAGACUUUGCCUGUAGCUUUCCUCCUGUGGGGGACAGGUGACAAUGAUUGGUAACUUUCACACACACACACACACAUACACACCUUCUUUCUUGCUACAUAAGGGCACACCUGAGUAGCGUCGAUGUGGGAAGCAAGAGUCUAUCAGAAAGGAAAAGCCCCAGGUGACUUCUAGAGGUUUGUCAUUAUUUAUUGACCACGAAUCCCCCAGAGUCUCUGUCAGUCACAAUCUCGGACUGGAGGUUGUUAAAGUGGGGUGCAGGGGUGGAUUUAAGGCGUGUCUGACACUCAUAUCUUUUGGCAUUAUGUCCCUUGACAAGGCGCAAGCACAUAAGGGACACCAGCAUACUCCAAACUAAUGGAAAAUAUAUGGCAAUGUAAAGAGAAAUGUCAGAAAGUGUAACAUAUUCUGGGAUCAGGGAGUGCCUGAUCCCAUUUCUCCCCUAUCCCAUCAAUCUUAUGUUCUUUAAGACAACCAGCCAAACACACAGGUAUUAGAGUACAAAUAUUGUUAUGGAAAAAUCAGCCCCUCUGUCAUACUUGGUGGUGAACGAAAACAACACAUGGUCACCACCCAUUCACCCUGCGAGUCAGUCAUUUAGACAAGCAGGUAGGCUAACUAUCUGACUACCUAUCUGUCUUCUUCUUGACAGGGUUGUCGCCAAGGUGAGCAUUUAGAAAGACAAUAUUGGACAAGGUGCCUUUCCUGCCCCCUGGUCAAGCAGCAGGGAGAGAGGGAAUAGUUUAGAUGUGGAGUCAGCUGAUUUCAACACAGGCAUGCUCUGAUCAGACAGAUGAUUCAAUGCUUCUGUGGAUGACAACAGAUGCCCAGUGUAUCUGUUUUCAUUGUGGGGGUUUCACUACUUUUUACUUGCUUUGCUUGUUGCCAAGUUUCUCAAAAUAGUGCCGACUAGUACUUUCAGAAGUAGCCUUGUCAAUUGGUUUGUGAAACCCCUGAUUCAUACCUCCAAUUAGUGCAAGGUUUAAAAUAAAAUUGAUCCUGAAUGCUUUGUAUUCAUGUGAUUCAGUGCAGAAUAGUGCCCUCUGCUGACCAAUAUAAUAUUGUAUUAUUAUAUGGACUUCUUUAAUGCAAUUACUUUAGAUAAAUUUGAUCUUGAGGUGAGAACUGUCCUUCAUUUUUUAAAACUUAUUGCCUUUCUUAGUUUCCUGACAUCCCUUGUGUUGAAUUAUGAAAGGCUGAGUUGCUUCCUGGUUUGUGUAUAUUUACGCGUCUUGUGUUUCAUUGAUUCAACCUUGGUUCCAUCUGUCAGAUCCACACUCUACAUGAGUACCGCACGUUGUAUCCCUGCCAAAGAAACCCACGAUUAAUCUAACCUGUCCCAGAAGCUCUUCUUACCACCUUUCCCCUCUCUCUCUCUCUCUCUUUCUCCCCUGCUGUCAGGUCAAACUGGCUGAAACCAUGCUGCGGGCGCAGGGCAGCUCUGUGGCAGGUCUGUCUGCUGUCAGCAGGCUUCAACUGUUUCUUGGUGGCCUGUGUCAUUUUGGUGGUGCUGCUGCUGACACUGGAGCUGCUCAUAGACACCAAGCUGUUGCAGUGUGAGUGCCCUUAUUCUACUGACUGUUUAUAUUGGGUAUUGAUCAUGAGAAGUAGGAUUCAAGGACAUGACUCUGAGGUGGUUUGUAACUAUACUAUACUAUACUAUACUACACUAUAUUUUACUUACUUCACUAUACUAUUUUAUGAUAUAUUUUAUACUAUAUAAUAUUUUACUUACUUUACCAUACUAUGAUAUAUUUUAUGAUAUUUUACUCACUAUACUACACUAUACUUAAUUGUGCUAUACAAUUCUAUACUAUACUUAAUUUUGCUAUACUAAACUACACUAUAGUAUGCUUUACUAUACUAUAAUAUAAUAUAAUAUAUUUUUCCUACUUUACUAUCUUAUACUAUCCAAUACUAUAUUUUACUUACUUUACUUUACUUUACUUUACUAGACUACAAUAUAUUAUAAUUUAAUAUAUUUUACUUACAACACUAUUCUAUCAGAUACUAUACCUAAUUUUGCUAUACUAAACUAUACUAAAGUAUGCUGUACUGUACUGUACUGUAAUAUAAUAUAUUUUUCUUACUAUACUAUACUAUGCAAUGCUAUACUAUACUGUACCGUACUAUAUUGUACUAUACUAUACUAUACAAUACCAUACUGUACUACAGUAUACCAUACUAUACUAUACUAUAUUAUACUAAUAUACUGUAUAAUGUAUGUAACUUACUAUACCAUACUAUACUAUAUUUUACUUACUUCACUUUACUUUAUUUUACUUUACUACUAUAUAACAAUAAAUUAUAAUAUAAUAUAUUUUACUCAAUGUUCUAUAUUUUUCUUACUUUACCAUACUAUACUAUACAAUUAUAUAAUAUAUGUCACUUACUAUACUAUACUAUACUAUACUAUGCUAUACUAUACUUUAUUUUAUUUACUUAAUUUGCGAUACUACUAUAUAUUAUAAUAAUAUAUUCUACCCACUAUACUAUACUAUACUAUACUAUACUAUAUUUUACCUCUUAUACUAUACUCAGUUAUACUACACUUUACUGUAUUGUGCCACACUAUACUGCACUUACUUACUAUACUAUACUGUACUGUUCUUACUCAAUAUAUUACACUAUACUAUACUUUAUUUGACUUACUAUACUAUACUAUACUAUGCUUCACUAUACUGUAUUGUACUAUGCUGUACUACAUGUGCAGCUCAGAAAAUACAAUAGCAUGAAAAGGUCAGUCAUUCCUUUUAAAAAUACCAUGCAUCUGUUAGUCUAAUGAAAUACACGCUACCACAGUCAUGUGCAAGACUGCUGAAUAGACAGUUGUCUUGAAGAGAGUUAGCUUCAGAAGGUCAUUGCUGAAAAGGCGGGCUUUUCGCACAGUGCUGUAUUGAAGCAUAUUAAUGAACGAUUGAUUGUGAGGGAAAAAUGAAGAAAAAGUGCACACAGAUAGCAGAGAUGACUGCAACCUUGAAGAGAUUGUCAAGAAGUUGAUGCUAGAACUUGGGGGAGAUUAACAAGGAGUGGACUGAAGCUGACAUCAGUGCAUCAAGAGCCGCCACACACAGACGUCUGCAAGGAGGGGACAACAGCUGUGGCUUUCCUCAUGCCAAGACACCUCUGAACCAGAGACAGUGUCAGAAGUGUCUCACCUAAGCUAAAGAGAUGAAGAACUAAAGUGCUCAGUUUUCCUAAGUCCUUUUUUUUUUUUGGAUGAUUUUGCAUCUAUCUCAUGAGUGAAUUUUGCAUUGAUCAAAGUCUCAGAGUCUGCAGAAAGAGUACAGAGGAACCAAUCCAGGGUGUUUGAGGUCCAAUUUAAAGUUAGCGCAGCCUGUGAUGAUUCUGGUGCCAUGUCGUUUGCUGUUGUUGGUCACUGAGUUUAAAUGGAGUCAAAAGUCAACGCAAUGUACCAGGAGCUUCUAGAGCACUUCACAUCUCCAUCUGCUGCCAAACCUUUUGCUUGAGAUGCCUAUUUCUUUGACCUACCACCUGCCCACAGUGCCAAAACUACAGCUAAAUGGUUUACUGACCAUGGUAGUACAGUGUGUGAUUGGCUGGCCAACUUGUCUGAUCUGAACCAAUUAGAGAAUUCAGUGAGGUUUUGUCAAGAGGAAGUUGAGAAACACCAGAUCUGAUUUCCACCAAACCACAUCACAUUAUGCGGGAGAUCCAGAAAAAAAGCCUGUAUUAGGUCUUAAUGUACAGACUUCUAGGCAAGUUUGGAUUUACAUUGGAUUUACAGCAAAUACUUCUAGCAAAUAAAAUAGUAACAUGGGCAUUUCUAUGUUAUGGUGUCACAGGACAGAACACAGAGCACUUUGGCAGAGUGCUGUCACUGGCCGCUGUCAAGUCUUUAGCCCUCCUCUGGGACUAACUGACCGACUAAUGGGGCAGACGAAAGAGGAGUAUGACAAAUGCAGGGGGAUUACCAGACAAAGAAAUCAGACGAUACGGAGUUGACUGGAGGAUGAAUAAAGAGAAGACUGAAGGAAGAUGAAUAGACUGAUAGACAGAUCACUGAACACAGCAAACAAAGACAAAUGGGAAAGAGGCGGUGCAUGAAAAGAAAUGCCUCGACUGACAGCUGAGCACUGUUUGAGGCUAUUCACACUUAGCCUCAUUAAUAAUCAGAAAGAUAUCGACACAUGCAUGUACAGUAUUUGGUGAAUUUAUUAAUGAGUUUGCUUUAUGCCUCAGUCUGUGAAUUUAUAUAUAAUGAGUUUUUCUUACUGCACACUAUCAGUUUGAAGCAGACAGUAACAGCUGUUAAAAACAUACUUAAAAACAAAUGACUGCAUCAAAUCAAAACCAGCUUUUUCUCUUUUAAUCCCACAGUUAAUAAUGCAUUCCAGUUUGCCAGCAUCAUCCACUGGAUUAGCCUGGCUAUUCUCUCGGUGUUCUUCACUGAGGUGAGUCUCUAUGUUUCCCCCAGUUUCACUUACAGCUGAGGUAGCGGCCCUAUCCAUUAAUGCUAUGUUGUGCAGUAUGUGGGGCCACUGAAGUACACCGACAGCUUCUCAUUAGAAUACUAAUGACCCCGUGAAACGCCCCAUGCCCUCUGUCACAGCUUGAUUCGAUUCUGAUGAGGAGAGGUGAACCCACCUAAAGCCCUAUUAGAAGUGUACUUAGCAGAAGUGACAGCCAAGUCUCACAGCCUAGAUCCGCAUCGGUGUGUAGACGUUAGAAAACAUGUAGAAGUGCUGUUGUUGGAGCUGGCACAGUCGCUCCCUCUCAGGUUCUUUCAUUGAUUCGCAGCACAAACACUUUAAAAUGCAGAUGGAGCUUUUCUGUGCUGCUAGUUUUAAAUAAUUUCAAGGCUGCAGGUGUACUGUAUUGAUUUCCAUUUUCUCUACGGCAAGCCACAUUUGUCUUAGUUUUCUACAACAGACCACCCCACUGCUAACUUUUGUGUCGCUGUAGUUUUACUUAUCAAUAAAAGCCACCCCUUGGUGAUACAUUGACUUGGAAGAAACAGCAAAGGGGGUUGUUUUUUUUUACUUUAGUGCAACCUUGAAUAUGUGAAAUGAGGAAGGGGGCUUAAAGGGCGGAUGCAGCAGAUUAAUAGAGACAAAGGGAGGGUGGUUCGCCCUCUACAUCCCCUGCUGCAUCAGCACAAGCAGCAACUUGCGGUACCUCUAAUUGUUUGGAUGAAAUCCUAACUGGCCACCUGCAAUGAAUAUGAUGUCUUUGAUGAAUUAGCUGUGCAAGGAUGAAAGAAAUCUGAAAGUAGUUGCAAAUAGCAUAAACUGCGGCUUUUAGAGAUGAAAAACACUAAGUAGUGUAAGAAAGCUGUGAUUUUUUUAUUUUAUUCUUACCUAACCUGAAACCUGCUCUCUGCCCCUGUCUUUGUCCUUCUGUCCGUCUCAGACGGUGUUUAGGAUCGUGGUGUUUGGGAUAUGGGAUUACAUAGAGAACAAAGUCGAGGUAAGCUCCCAUGGGUCUCGUUAGUCCUGUUACUCUGGGCCCCUUUCACUGCUGUGUCAUUCCCACAAUGUCAAACCACAGUGGAAGCGAAAAAGAUGAAACGAUAUCCACGGGUGUCUGUGUCUGUCUGUUUAUUUUUCAGGUGUUUGAUGGAGCUGUCAUCGUUCUUUCCCUGGCCCCCAUGGUGGCCUCCACAGUGGCCAAUGGGCCCAGCAGCCCUUGGGAUGCUAUCGGCCUCAUCAUCACACUGCGCAUCUGGAGGGUCAAGAGGAUCAUUGACGGUGAGGCUAUAGGAGGAGCUGAUGUCCUAAAUGCCCUUUCCUGUCAGGUCACAGCGGUGGAUACUGCAGUGUGCUCUCUCUAGUAUCUGAAACAUUCAAUCUUGAGGUUGUUUGUUUGGUUAUAUUUUUCUUUUUUAUGAUUUUGAAACAAGAAGAAAGGUGAGGCUUCAUCUGUCACACUGAACCUGUGUUGAGAACUACAGCAACAUGCAUUCAUUUUAUCACACAUGCAAAAUACAUACAGACCAUUUUGUGUUGUAGGCAGAAUGCUUCUUAACUAAGCUGCUCCCCCUUGUGGCUUUUAGAUGUAAACGCGUGGGAGAGUAAGAGCAUAUGACAAAACAAAAAACCACAAACUCAUACCUUAAAGCCACCUAUUUAUUGAUUUAUUCCAUCAGAGACAUAACUGUGCAACACAUUCAUAGCAUUUGCCAACAUAUGUGUAAUAUACAUAUUUUUUUAGGAUACACUUAACGACAUUACACUUUCAUUUUUUAGCCUAUGUUCUGCAAGUGAAGGUGGAGAUGGAGCUGGAGAUCCAGCAGUAUGAAAAAGCCAAAGCAGUGAGGGAGGAGCAGCUUGACCGUCUCACCCAGAUCUGCCAGGAACAGGCAGUAAGUCCUCUUUUUUUGUUCAACAUUUGUUACUGUCUUAAAAUCUUUAGCUGCACGUAACCAGAGGAGGGCAGCAACGCACAACACAAUGACACAAAAUUCAAUCUCCAGGAGGCCUGCAGAAAUGAUCCAAUAUGAUCACUUGAAUUUACUUUUACAGAAGUCUUUUGGAUAUCGAAUAGCCAGCACAAAGUACCAUCUUAAAGCAGUCUAUUGACCACUUCCCAAUUUGAUAAUAGCUCUUCUGUUAUUGCUUUAUGUCAUUUCACUCCGCAGCAAAAGUGUUACUCCAAGUGCAUCCACUGAGAGCUGUGAAUUUCUCAGAUAUCAACCGAUUAGAAGAGGCGCGUGUAGAAAGAAAGUUUUUAGAGUGAUAAUGUGCAAAUGCCUGCAGUACGUGUAGAAAUGAUCUGGAAAUAUAAUAUGCAAAUAAAAUAUGAACUUGAACAGGGACAUAAGUUUACAUCAUGCUAUUUUGUCAUGUUGUAAUUUCCUCACUUUAAAUGUAAAAAAAACGUCUUUCUUCAUUAAUUUGUCCUUUUUUCUUUUUAGUUCGAAAUCAGGCAGCUGAGAGCCCACCUGGCCCAGCAGGACCUGGAUCUGGUAGCAGAGCGUGAAGCAGCCAUGCAGAUCCAUCAUAUGUGGGGUAAACAGAGCAGUAGUUUCCAGGAGGUGGAUGGCCUGGCCCCGGGGGCCUCAGAGCCUCAUGGGUCAAACAAGACCAGAGAGCCCGGGGGGGCAGCGGGUAAAUCACCUGAAGUAUUUGACUUCUUUCAGUCUGAGAUCUCUGUGCAUCCAUGGUGUGGAUGGAGGGCAUUUUAGGUUAGGUCCUAAAAUGUCCUUAAGGCUUUCUAACCAGAAGAAAAGCAGUUUGUUCAUAUUUGGCAGAUGUGACUGUUACAUUGCUAAGAUUGAUUACAGAUGACAAAAAAUAUCUCAGAAGACUGGAACACACUCAGGCUUGUUUCUGACCUCAUGCGAUUAAAAAACUGACAGAGAAAGUAAACAAUCCCCCUGCUGUGGAGCUCCACACUGCUUUUGUCAGGACAGUGUGUUCAUUGUGGACACAUUGUUUGUUUCCUCUUUUCAAAAUCAUUCAUCUUACAUCCGCAUCAAAAUUCUGGUGCCUCACCCAGAUGGACUAUAAACCUCUUACACAGUGACAGGUCAUAACUUACAUGGCUUAAAGCAACAAAGUGCUGUCAGUGCUUGUGAUGUCAGGGCUCAAAAGACGAAGGCUUUUCCUUUAAGCUAUAAAUCACAGCGACCUGACAUGCAUCUGAGCUACGGCGUUACCAGUCGCACAUCCUCCUAACAGGCUGCUCUUGAUGUGGUAUUGAUCAAAUGGAGAUGGUUUCUGUCAAAGAUUAGGCUGCCCUAAAGAGAUUAAAUUAAUUUGUGAAUUUGAAUUGAAUUUUUUUGGCUUGGUUGAAGUUUAUUUUGAACAUAUAAAUAAUAAUAAUAAUAAAAAUAAAAAAGUAAAGAAUACAACAAUAAAUGACAAAAAGUUAUUCCUUCAAGAGGUCGAGACUUAUCUAAUCCCACUCCUUCUCCUACACUAUUGAUUUAAAUAUGUAUCAUAAUAUUAUAUAAUAAUAUUAAUAAUCACAAUAGUUAUAGCAAUAAAAAUAAUCACCACAGUUAAAAUAACAAAACGAUAAUAAUAAUGAUAAUGAUAAAAGUAACUGAUUGUACAUCCCUGUAUCCCAUGAAAACAUAUUCUUUAUAUUUUGUUUUAAACUGUAUGAUGUUUGGACAUUGUUUUAACUCCUUUCAAAUCUUAAUGAAUCCUGUGGGAGCUCAGUGCUUCUCAUCAUCUGUUCCUUAUAGUUUAUAAAUAUAGAUUUGCUGUGAAGCACAUCAUGUUUCAAGCAAAAAUCUUUGUUUUUCCACAUUAUUUAAAACCUACUGGCAUCAGAAAAACACUUCGCAUUGACUUAAACUCAAAUCAAGGUAUUGGCAUUGCUAUAGAGAAAUACUGCAUCCACCUUCCUAUCGAUUCAGUUUGAAAAAUGUUAAGUGGUUUUACUUUUUUGUGUCUGAGGGCAUAUUAAGAGUUUUUUUCCCUUCUUCAGAUCACCAUGGUCAAGAUGACAUGAAUAACUACAUCAGCCAGUACUACAGUGAACAAAGCAGUGGUGAGCUUCAACUACAUCCUGUUUUUUUUCCUCAGCCCAUUUAAACCCACAGUAUUUUAGGCUCUGUGCAUUAUGUGUUCUUGCUUUUAUAGAUAUGGGAAUCCCAGACCCUGCACGAGUCAUCACCACAGCAGCCAUAGACGUGCAUCUGCCCAACAACCCCAGCCAGCUUCCCUCUUCUUUAGUGAGUGCUGAUGCAGUGCUCUCCAGCCGAUUGCAGCGAACAGGAAGCUCGGUUAGCGAAGCCUCCACCACCACAGUGUCCCGCACCAGCUUCAGCGCUCGGCAGCACAGCAUUAGCAGCCACACGCUGGGCUCCACCACAGACUGCAGCUCCACAGUGCGGGAAGCCUCCACCUCUACAGAUUACAGCGACCAGCGCUGCUAUCCCCCGCCCUACAGCAGCCCUCUUGCACUGGGUACUCAGCCCCGAGGGAGUCCUAGCGCUGUGGUGCAGGAGCUGCUCUCCUCUCUGUCUGAGGACUCCUGUUUGACACAGAAAGGCCUCGAUCCUGUUAACCUGAAACCUCCCAGCCCUGCUGGUUCAACCAAAACCAGCCCUGAGCUGGAGCACAGGCUCAACAUCUAUAACAAGAGAAACCAGGACAGCAGAGUUGGGCUGCACUCCAAGCCUCUGAUUCAUCUGCAGAGCAAUGAGCCUCUCCUAGAGGAGAAGUACAGGAUGAUGGAGCCAGUGGACGUCCCAGUCAACCGCCUGUCAGAAACAUAAGACUGCCUGGAACUGGGAGCCUCGGGGGACUCCUCAGAUCACCAACACAAAUUAAUGCUCUGCUAAACUCAGAUCAGGUUUGGAGUCACAGGCACAUAAAUGACAGAUCCUCUUUAUAUUUAUGAAACGGAGAGGAUGAAACUACCACAGCAGCACAAAAAAAACAUGAGACUGAAGACUGGAAGAAGCAGACUUAUUAUGUGGCACCACUUCAGGAAUCAACUUUCACAAAAACACUUUUUUGAGUUUUAUGAAAAAUUUUACCAAGAGAAACCAGCAAAAGGGCUCCAGCCUGACAUUUUCAGACUUCUGGUUUUUGCGGAAAAAUAUCCGGCAAAGUUGAGGACUUUCUCUGACUUGAAGGAGUUGAAAUACUGAUCAGGUCUUUUAUUGAAGGGGCCAGAAAAAAACUUGAAUAAAUUCCUCCAAGCUUCAAGGCGUGGAUCGAUCACAACAGCAGGUGAUUCAGCUGUUUGAAAAGUCAGGGUAGUGGCGCUUAACUCACAGAGAAGAGUCCUCUUCAGCAGGGUUCAUGGAUCACACCUUCUUUUUCUUUGUCUUUCUAUAUUAGCAAUGUUAACAUUUCUAUCAAAAUUCUAUAAAUGGAAGGAGUGGAUCAAACUUUUCACUGGUGGAUCAUUUGAGCUGUUUGGAGUUUUUAUCUUGGUACAGAGACUAAAACAAGUGCUUACUGAGAUUUUGCAAACACAGGUCCUUUUCUCAGCGAUUUGAUUGAAAUCCAAACCUGUACCUGAGAGUUUUACCAUCAUUCAGGUUAAUAUGUUUUUUUUUUUUUUUUAAUGAUUUCAAUGUUUGGACGCUGUGUAAAUACUUUAAGAUUGGUUUGAUCGUUGUUGAACAGCCAAAAUAAGUGAGGGAUAAGAAAAUGUUAAAGAAAAUUCAAGCAUGAACCUUCAAGAUUUGCCUCCUAAAUAAUCAAAGAAUUGUUCUGUCAUCAGACGUUUUUCUAUCUUAAUUAUUGAACAAGGGCAUUAAAAAAUGGAUCUAAUAAAAGACAACUUGGAAAAAAAGAACUAGUAAUGGGGCAGUCAAUUUAAUACACGUUUUCACCUCAACAAGUAAAAAUCAACUCGAUAAUCACAAAGAUCUACAUCAAGUGUCAAAGAGUCAGCAGUGAAGAGACAAGCAUUUCUACAGAUGUCCUUUACUGUACCUGAAAAUUACAAACUAAUGACAAUCAGUACCAAUACAGGCAAAUCACACCCCCUUGGUAUUUAUCUGUAGUUUAAGAAUAGCCUCCUGUUUUCAGUUUGACAGGGAUGUUUAAAAAGUUAUUUCUGCAUGCAGACAAAGUUAUGUGAAAACUCCACAGCUUCAGAAAUGUGUUAAGGCAUCGGCUCUGGUAUCCUAAGCUUUCUUUUUACUGCAGGCCCGAGUUGUGAUGUUUUGUGGUACUUUGUUUUCUUCACUUGUCCAGAGCCUCGGUCAUCUCAGGAACAGCCUGAAAAAGAAAACAUUGCAGAAACAUAAAUGUAUUAUUAAAUGUAUUGAAAGAUGGCACAAUGGCAGUCAUGAACUAAAAAGAGCUUUUUCUUGUGUUUUUUUAUUUUGUUUGUUUGUUUUUGCUGCAGAUGUGUGGCAGCUCUGAAAACUCCCCUGUACUAAUAAGUGCUUGGUUUUAAAAAUGUAAAUUCACAGUAGAUUUCUUUUCAGAAUCGAGAUGAAGAAAUACACCUUUCUGUCAUGAAUCCUUAACUUCUGAGGCACCUGUCCCGAGAUUGAUAAUUGUUUUAAUUGGUCAUUGUUUCAUUAUUUCACUACAAACCAUUAAGAAUGCGAGAGCAGCAGCAAACAGACAUUUAUCACAGUUAUUAGCAUGGUGAAAAAUACAAAGAAAGAUUCUAUAUUGAUUGGCAUCUGGCUGAUAAUUAUGUUCAAAAUGUCGUCUAUGAAGUUGCAAUGAGGAAAAAUAUAAAAGUAUUUUUGGUGGAAAUACGAGGACAAAUUUAUUCUAUUUGUGCCGCGUCUGCAAUGCAAAAUGAUUAAUAUGGUGAUUAUUACUUCAAGGAAAUGAUAAAGUAAUGAUCGUAAAUGUUCUUCCUUGAGCUGCGUCACCCCACUGUAGUCUGUAAUGGACUGGCCUGAAGUCUCGCUACAAACCAAGCGGCUGCUGGAAGAGAGUAGGUGAGUUGUGUUUAGUCUCUUUGCUAAAGAAAUUAGGUAAAGUUAAAAAGAUGUUUGGUGGCUAGUGCUGUGGCUGGGACCCUAUAUGUACUGUUGAUAAAGUUAGGUGCUGUUCUGAGCAUUAUUUGUGGCUAUAGAGUGGCAUUUUGGUUGAGGUUUGUUUAUGGCUCCUCAGACCGCUGUGUAUUGCUAUCGUGCGGUCAAUACUAAAGUUUGUAUAACUAGAGAAGCAAGCAGUCGGCAACAUUCAUCUCUCAAUGGGGUGUCUAACUUAGUGUUACGGUGCGUUUGACUCUAACUUAAUUUUACGCCGGAAUAUCCCUUUAAGAGCUGCCCAGGUUGGGCCAGGUAUCAGCUAUCCAUUUGAGGAAAAAGUAGAAAGUUCAUCCAUUUUAAUCAGCCAUCUGAGGAGUGAACAUGUGUAAGCUGAUCUCACCCAGCGGGUCACAACUCUGCUGUCGCUCGCUAUUUAUUACAAACUACCCUGACAGAGUUUGUGCGGACACCUGUGCUGCUCUUGCCCCACUGCUAGGCUAAAUAAAACAUCACCUGAUUAUAACCUACUAGGUUUUCACAGGCAGCACUGGACUCCACUGUUGAUUAUGCCAACAACCCUGGCUCACUAUCCUAAGCUACCGGUAAGAUACAAGAAAGCAACAAGGCGUGUAAAAGGCCUGGCAAGAAGAGACUGAACGGAAUAGUGAAGCAACCUUAUAAGUGCUAUUGAUCAAUCUUUAUAUCUUUGACAAUGCUAAUGUGUUUCUUUGUUUGCAGCAAGUUCAGCCAUCGCUCUCCCUUGAUUAAUUCAAGAACUUAAUAAUUUAGCAGUCGCACAUUUCCAUUAGGUGGAAUAAAUAAGGCAUCGUGCAAAAUUUAUCAGUGAGAAUCCAAAUGUCAUAUUCUGUCACUUUGGACGCUCAGCUAUGAAAACAUACAGUUGAAGUUACAUAAAGUGGCAUGCUGGGUGAUGUAACUUUGCUGUUUGGAUGCUUUCUGAUGCAAUACAGCAGUGACAUUUCUGUAACAGUGUCAACCCCAAAGGUUUACCUUGAAAAGAUCUGCCACCAAGCCAUAGUCUGCAACUUGGAAAAUAGGAGCUUCUGGGUCCUUGUUGAUAGCGACAAUAGUCUGGGUAAAAAAAGGACAUGAUUAACACUAGUACACUUAUUCCUAAAAAGAUCAUUAGGUUAUUAGCUGUGGUGCAGACAAUAUUUUUAAUAGAGCAAACAAAACAGAAAUGGCCAAACAUCCUGACUUCUAUGUGUGUGCGCAGGAGCUGACAAUACCUUGCUGUCUUUCAUUCCAGCCAGAUGUUGAAUAGCUCCAGAGAUCCCAACAGCAAUAUACAACUCCUGUGGACAUGAAAAGAUGACAACAAGACGAGUGUUAUGUGCUUGGAGACAGGAAGUCGAAUAUCAGGUACACCUACGAUCUACUAUACAGCAGAGCUGACUGAUAAUAAUUCAAGGGUGCACACUCUGUCAGAGGGUUGCUGGAGCACGGAUGCAAAAGGGUCAGCUGCCCCAAAACCCCACAGGGAAAACCAACUCUCCGCCCUAGUUUAAUGCACUGCCAUAUGAAUAUUUCAGUGAUAAUUUAAUGCUGCAGCUGAAGCCUCAGAGGAGCAGAGCAUCAAUUUGUAAACACAAUAGCUUUUCAACUCAGAGGAAAAUGUAUGAGGUAACUUCUCUGCUGAAGAGACAAUGACAAGAGAAUCUGCAGAUUUCUAUUCGAAAUGACCAAUUUGUGAAACUUUGUUUGAAGGUAGCUGGGAGCCUUGAGCAAAUCCAGCUCAGUUUCAUCUUGUGGGGCUGUUUUAUUUUAUUUUUUAUCUUUCACCCCAAUAAAUAUUUUGUAGCCUUCA